CAACAACAAAAAACAAUGGAACAAUCCUCCUCUAGUAUGGGCCUCAAUCAUGGCCCAAAGCCAACUAAAAGAACCGGUUCUUCCUCCAAACACAACAACAACAACAGGCAAUAUCAGAGCCAGAGGAGCUUAGGUAUGAGUUUCCGCCCAAAUCAAAACACUCUCUUUACUCUCCUCAAAAAAGCUCGCUCCUUUGUUGGACUCGCUUCAACCUCAACCGCCGCCGCCACCGCCACCGUCGCUGCUACUUCUUCCUCCUCCGCCAUGGAUGCUCCCACCACUCUCCAGACUAAGGUUUGCAUCAUCGGAAGUGGCCCCGCCGCCCACACUGCCGCCAUCUAUGCUGCUCGUGCCGAGCUCAAGCCGAUUCUUUUCGAGGGUUGGAUGGCUAACGACAUCGCCGCCGGUGGCCAGCUCACCACCACCACCGACGUCGAGAACUUCCCAGGCUUUCCAGAUGGCAUCCUUGGAAUCGAACUCAUGGAUCGCUGCAGGAGCCAAUCCCUCCGAUUCGGCACCCAAAUCUUCUCCGAAACCGUCUCUCGCGUAGACUUCUCCACCUCUCCCUUUAAGAUCUUCACCGAUUCCAGAACCGUUAUCGCCGACUCCGUCAUCGUCGCCACCGGCGCGGUCGCAAAGCGCCUCUCGUUCCCCGGAUCGGACGACGGGGCAGGCGGGUUCUGGAACCGUGGGAUUUCGGCUUGCGCUGUGUGCGACGGUGCCGCCCCAAUCUUCCGUAACAAGCCGCUGGCGGUGAUAGGCGGGGGAGACUCGGCGAUGGAGGAAGCGAACUUCUUGACCAAGUACGGAUCGGAGGUGUACAUAAUCCACAGGAGGGACAGCUUCAGGGCUUCGAAGAUUAUGCAGAAUCGGGCUCUGAGCAACCCGAAGAUCCGAGUGGUGUGGAACUCGGCGGUGGUGGAGGCGUACGGAGAGGGAGGGAAGAAGUCUCUGGGAGGGCUGAAGAUCAAGAACUCAGUGACGGGUGAAGUGAGUGAUUUGAAGGUGUCUGGGCUGUUCUUCGCGAUUGGGCACGAGCCGGCCACCAAGUUUCUGGAUGGGCAGCUGGAGCUGGACUCAGAUGGGUACGUUGCGACCAAGGCAGGGAGCACGGUGACCAGUGUGCGUGGAGUUUUCGCCGCCGGGGAUGUCCAGGACAAGAAGUACAGGCAGGCUGUUACAGCUGCCGGAACUGGGUGCAUGGCAGCGCUGGAAGCAGAGCAUUACUUGCAAGAGAUUGGAUCCCAAGACUGACUAGUAGUACUACCUAUGGAGGUGCCUAUGCCUAUGCCUAUGCUAUCCAAGAAGAGCUUCUCCUCCACUAGAAGCAAAUUUUAGCUUACUUUACACUCAUAAUGUAUUGGAAUUGGAAUUGGAAUUGGAAAGGGAAUUUGAAUCUACUAUUACUUGGAUUUA